UAGAGAGUGACGCAGCAGUGACGCGGCGGGUCUGUAAUAAGGAUCCGCUCACUCAGUAAAGCGCAGGUCAAACAGCAAUACACACUCACACACACUUUAUCACAUUCACCCUACAACACUGAGACAUGGACUCAGACGAGGGCUACAAUUAUGAGUUCGAUGAUGAAGAGGAGGAGGAAGAAGAGGAGGAGGAGGAGUGCAGCGAGGACAGCGGGGAAGAGGAGGCCGAGGAUGAGGAGCUGCUGGACCCGGCCGUGGCUGGAGGAGAAGCCGAAGAUUGCGCUGACACCGGCGGCGGCGGAGGAGGCCUGGGGCCCGGUCAAGAGGAGGAGGACUACCGCUUCGAGGUGCUUACCACCGAGCAGAUCCUCCAGCACAUGGUGGAGUGCAUCAGGGAGGUCAACGAGGUCAUACAGAACCCAGCUACGAUAACCAGAAUACUCCUCAGUCACUUCAACUGGGACAAAGAGAAGCUUAUGGAGAGGUACUUUGAUGGAAAUCUGGACAAGUUGUUUUCAGAGUGCCACGUCAUAAACCCCAGUAAAAAGCCCAAAAUGCGACCAAUGAGCACACGCUCCUCCAGUCAGGAUAUGCCCUGCCAGAUCUGCUAUCUCAACUAUUCAAACUCGUAUUUCACAGGUCUUGAAUGUGGACACAAGUUCUGCAUGCAGUGCUGGGGCGACUACUUAACCACCAAAAUCAUUGAGGAAGGGAUGGGACAGACCAUCUCAUGUCCUGCUCACAACUGUGAUAUUUUGGUUGACGAUAACACUGUAAUGCGACUGAUCACAGAUUCUAAAGUGAAGUUGAAGUAUCAGCAUUUAAUCACAAAUAGUUUUGUAGAGUGUAACAGACUGUUGAGAUGGUGUCCAGCUCCUGACUGCCACCAUGUGAUCAAAGUUCAGUAUCCUGAUGCCAAACCAGUUCGCUGCAAAUGCGGGAGACAGUUCUGUUUCAAUUGUGGAGAGAACUGGCAUGACCCUGUUAAAUGCAAGUGGUUGAGGAAGUGGAUAAAGAAGUGUGAUGAUGACAGUGAAACAUCCAACUGGAUUGCAGCAAAUACCAAGGAAUGUCCCAAAUGUCAUGUGACCAUUGAAAAAGACGGCGGCUGUAAUCACAUGGUGUGUCGAAACCAGAGUUGUAAAGCAGAGUUCUGCUGGGUUUGCCUCGGCCCUUGGGAACCUCACGGCUCUGCUUGGUACAACUGCAAUCGCUACAAUGAAGAUGAUGCAAAGGCAGCCAGAGAUGCUCAAGAGCGAUCUCGUGCAGCCCUGCAGCGCUACCUCUUCUACUGCAACCGCUACAUGAACCACAUGCAGAGUCUGCGCUUCGAGCACAAGUUGUAUGCGCAGGUGAAGCAGAAGAUGGAGGAGAUGCAGCAGCACAACAUGUCGUGGAUCGAGGUGCAGUUCCUGAAGAAGGCCGUGGAUGUGCUGUGCCAAUGUCGCUCCACGCUCAUGUUCACCUACGUCUUCGCCUUCUACCUCAAAAAGAACAACCAGUCCAUCAUCUUCGAGAACAAUCAGGCUGAUUUGGAGAACGCUACAGAGGUGCUCUCGGGUUAUCUAGAGCGAGAUAUCUCCCAGGAUUCUUUGCAAGAUAUCAAACAGAAAGUUCAGGAUAAGUAUAGAUACUGUGAGAGCCGGCGACGAGUGCUGCUGCAGCACGUUCACGAGGGCUAUGAGAAAGACUUGUGGGAGUACAUUGAAGACUGAGACAGAACUGCUGCGUCGCGGGCUUCGGAGCGUAGCUGUGGUCUCCAGUCGGCCAUCACCUCUCUACAUGUUGCAUCCUUUUUACGUGGCAUCUGGAUUUUUGUUAUUAUUUAGAGUUUAAGUUAAUUUUACUGAAAUAAAAAGGUAGAAUAUUCAAAUAAAACUCCUACGUCAGUAUUGCAGUCUGUAAGUGUUGAUUGUCAAAACGGCACGGAAAUGUAUUACGUUCUCCAAGCUUUCUGUGGAGAUUCUUCAGUAGUCUGUUUUUAUUUGAUUUUGAUUUUUUUUGUGCUUUUUGUCUGAAGUUGUUUUUAUAGUUGGAGCUGAGAUUGGCUUGUCUUAAGCAUAGCUUUACAGGUCUGAGCCAUGCGGAGUGUGUUGUGUUUUGGGAAUGCUUGGUUGGGUGGCUUUAUGCAGAAGUGUGUAUUUCAAGCUGUAAAUGGCACACAUGCAUGGAACAUGGAGUGGGAUGCAUCUUUUUUUUGUUUGUUUGGAAAAAAUAUUUAUUCUUUACAGAUAUUCAAAAAUGUGUUUAAACAACAUGAGAAGAAGCCACGAGACAUUUUUGCCUCGUGUUUUUUUUUUUU